AUGGAAAAAGAGAAGUCCCCACAGUUGGUGACCCCUGAGUCGGUGAAAGCCAUUAUCUCGAGGAUUGAGGCUGCGCAGCUAACUCGGGCUCAGGAGGAUAUUUCUUGCCAGCUCUCGGACAUCUUGGACAAUGUCAACUGUGUCAUCAAUCGCUUCCAGGAAGAAUUAGGAUACGAUUUAAAAGAAAAGGCAAAAUCGCACCAGACGGAGCAAAAGGGCAAAAACAGAUUCAUCUUGCUAGAGAAAAUUGCCUCCUUCUCCAAAGAUGCUAAGACUAAAGAGAAGCACUUGUAUGAGAUUCUCCGCUGGCUGGGCAACUGGGGUGACAGCCUGACCUAUGAGAUGAGGAACAGGAAGAAUGAGGAGGAAGAGGAAGCCCUGGAUGAAUGGAUUGAGGUGAUGGAGAAAGUGUUACCUCUCUCCCUCAUCGCCACCAAAGGAGGCAUUGAGUCUCUCAUUUCCCUUUGCUCCACUCUCAUUGAAGGACAAAAGAAAAGGGCACAAAUAUCCAAAUGCACCUUCUGGCAGGGCUGGCGGGAACAAAGUCCACAAAAAUCUACAUCCUACCCUCAGCCACUGAGGCCGGAGCAGAUGCUCCAGGACAAGCACACUACCUGCACGAGAGUCUCCGAGGUGAAGUCCAUGCUGCAGGAGCUCCUAGACUCUACUAUAUUCAACCAGGGGGAGGUCAGGGCCAUCAGGUACAUGUCCGCUGUGGUGGAGAACCUCAACAAGGCCUUGAUACUCCAGCACAAGGAAAACAGGAGCCUGGAGACCAAAUACAAUUACCUGAAAAUGGAGAUGACCAAAGAACUCAGCAGCCAGAGGCUGUACUUCCAGAAAUCCCUCCAAGUCCUCCAGAGCAAGAGGGAUGCCCUACUAAAGCAGGUAGAAAUUCUAGGGGGAAAGUACCAUGACCUUCUCUUGAUAAAGCAUGCCUUAGAGUUCCAGCUGAAGAAGGUUCAGUCAGCUAAAGGUCAAGCAGAAGACCUGGCUAAGAUCUUGGUUGACUCCCCGGGCCCCCCUGAGAGAGAGACCCUCCCAAAGAAAGAAACAGUUACAGAGGAAACCCAACAAGAACCCAAGAAGGAGGAUCAGCUGUUCUCACCACUCUCCCCAAGUCCCAUGGCCAUGGCCUGGGACAGUGGUGCUAGGCCUUCAACAUAUCAGCCACUUUCCAGCAUGACCAUGCAUUCAAGGAUCGCAGAUGUGUACAGUAGCAUGGACACUGAAAGUCUUCAGCCUGUGUGGCCAUCCUCAGUGUAUCACAAGUUUCCUAAGAAAUGGGAAAGACCGGUGGCAGAAAGCCCUGGCCACAUAGUCAAAGACCAGAAGGACUUCUUCCAGGAAGCAGCCCAGGAGAAGGAAGGACUCCAAAUUAAGUCCCAUUUUGGGAAGCAGCUGUCCCCAGAGAGCUCCAGGAAGGAGGCCUUGGAGAGCAAGGUGGAGCAGUGGGAAGAGGAACUCAGCUGGGAGAGGCGGAGGCAGCAGUGGCUGGAGGAGGAGGAGAUGUGGCUGCAGCGGCAGAAGAAGUGGGCCCUGCAGGAGCAGGAGCACCAGGAGAAGCUGCGGCAGUGGGAGAUGGAGGAGGUGGCAAGGGAACAGCAGCAGAGAUUGGGCCAGCCAGGAAAGGAGCACGGAAAACCAUGGAGGGAGCCAGAGCAGCCAAGGGAGGACGUGGAGAGGAUGAUCUUCAUGACCACCAGUGGAUGGAGGGACUUGGAGAAGGCAUCAUUAGCACCUCCCCCAAGCCGGGCCCAGUCUGCUCGCCAAGGCAGGAGGCCACGCUUGCCCAGGUCUCCUGAUACCCAGCAGCCCUCCCCCGGAAGCCAGAGGACCAUGAGUUCGGCCAACUUUACCCAGAAACCACAGGCCCGCCGGGUUCCCACAAAGCCCAAGAAAUCGGCCUCUUUUCCUGUCAUGGGGACGUCCAUCCAAAAGGUGACCCAGCCCCCUUUGCAUAUAUCCCCGGUAACUCUUAAGGGGAAAACAUACCACAUGGAUGUGGAGGCCCAGAAGAAGAAUCUGCAGCUCCUGAGUGAGGAGGCUGAGCUGGGGCUGCCCCACUACCUGCGAAGCAAGGCGCUGGAGCUCACCACCACCACCAUGGAGAUGAACACACUCAGGCUGCAGUGCCUGUGCAAUAAGUACAUCCUCUACAGACGCUUCCAGAGCCUCCGACAAGAAGUGAUCAACCACAUACAAGCCAUGCAAGAAACUGGGGCUGCCUGCAAAGCCCAGAACCUCUACAUCUUCCUGGAAAACAUUGACCACCAGCACACCCUCAGGCUGCAGGCCUGGACGGACAAGCAGAAGGACGUGGAGGAGAAGCGCCGAGAGUGCCUGAGCAGCAUGGUGACCAUGUUCCCCAAGCUCCAGCUGGAGUGGAAUGUUCAUCUGCACACCCCUGUGGUCACCUCUCCAAAGUCAAGGAAAAGCAAGCCACCCCCAUCCUUACUCCGGCGCAUCCACUCCAGUGGCCCCUCCUGCAAGCAGCCCCUGGAGCACUGUACGUCCAAGCACCCAGAAUGUGUGUCCCUGCAGAUAGCCUGCCAACAGGGGAACCAGAUGGAAGCUGUCUGGAAGACUGAUGUGGCCUCCUCCAGUCACCCAAUAGAAAAGAAGAUCCCUGCUAGCCUGCCCUGGGACGUGCCAGGGGGGUACCCGGAUAUUCCCCAGCUGUUGGCACUGGAUGUGCGUUCCUCCUACCACAAAAGCUUGACAUCCCUCAAGGCCCGUGACUCAGCGACCCAAAGAAAGGCAUGCCAGGAACCCCGAGAUGAGUCAGCUGAGCUUGUUCGUAAAAAGUCAAAUGAGUCUGUCCCUGGAACCCUAAAAUGCCAGAGGAUUGAGACAAUCCCAGUCCCCACUCCAUCCCUUAGCGAGUGA